AUGAACCACACAUCGCAGAAGCACCAAAAUGCACUCGAUGGUAUUGUCCCCAACAAGGUCGGCCAAGAGGCCCUUCAACACCAGGGAGUUCCGGUCCUUUCCCUGGACCUGGUUGUUACUCCCGCUUCUGGCGAUCGUUGCUUGUAUGACGGCCAACAACAUCGUGCGGAAUCAGGCCAUCAACCAACCAACAUCCAAAUGGCCUUGCGCUCUUCAGUCUCUGCGGCUAGGCUGUACUUGAGCCGUAGCUCACGAUGCUCUUCUGGGCUGUUUAGCGUACGGUCCCAGUACUGCUUCUUGUUCCACGCGCUUUUCUUGGCUGCCAUGGCUUGCCAGCGCUCCGGGUACAUCAGCUUCAUCAUGUUCCUGGCUGGACCCUCGGACGAUUGUGUUGCAGGUCGCUACGAUCUGCGCGCUUGGGGCGGAUAUGGGGUUCAGGGACGGAAGUGUGGUCCGCUUCUGGAUCAAUGCUUACCAGGGAGUACUUCUGGCCCUUCUUCCACUACAUCCAGUCAUGAAGCUACCUCUACCGUGGAACACCAGGGAGAUCCGGUCCUUUCCCUGAGUCUCGCUGCUGGUCCCGAUUCUGGCGGCUAUUGCUUGUGA